UUUUUUUCCGGUGGGGAAAAUGCAGCCCGGAGUGGCAGACGGGUGGAGGACAGGCUCUGGUCGCCCUCCCUCGGUUCGUCUCAUCCUGGGGCCGCCCGAACCCUGUCCAAGGGAAGGGAACCAGGAGUUAGGACUGGACACUUGGGUUCACCAUCCAGAUAGAGUGGACAACCAAAUGUAUUUUUUGGAGAUCUACCCACUGAGAGGAUUUUGCUUCACCACUAUCUUUCGAGGAUUUUCCAGUUGAGGGUUGUAAUGCUACAGCAGUAUCUCCUAUUGGGUGCAGAAGUAUCUGAAAACCAGGCAUGACACAGCUCCUGGUCACCACUAUUCCACUCUAGUCUCUAUGAAUUUGACUCUUCUAGCAACCUCAUAUUGUGGGAUUACUGAUAUGCUUUCCUAAGCCGCAAAAAAGUUGAAGAUGUCUAAAUACUUAACGGCUUUGACAGUAACCACCCUUGUCGGUGUGGCUGUGGGGGGGUUUGUCCUGUGGAAGGGCAUCCGGUGCCGGAGGAGCAAAGCGAGCCUUGACCCCUGGCAACGGCGGAGGCAGCAGCAAGCCCCGGGCAGGAGGGAGCAGCCCCCUCCAGCAGACGACCAGCUGCACUGCGGUGCCCCCAGAGCCUCAUGGGAGGAGAAGAUUCUCGAAGCAAAGGUGGUGACUGUGUCUCACGAGGCAGAGUGGGACCACAUCGAGCCAUUGCUUAGGAGUGAGUUAGAAGAUCUCCCAGUACUUGGAAUUGACUGUGAGUGGGUGAAUUCGGAAGGCAAAGCCAGUCCCCUGUCACUCCUUCAAAUGGCCUCCUCGAGUGGCUUCUGUGUCUUAGUUCGCUUGCCAAAGUUGAUCCGUGGCGGAAAAACACUACCAAAAACAUUAUUGGAUAUUUUGGCAGAUGGCAGUAUUUUAAAAGUUGGAGUAGGAUCUUCAGAAGAUGCCAGCAAGCUGCUGCAGGACUAUGGCCUCGUUGUUAAGGGGUGCCUGGACCUCCGGUACCUAGCCAUGAGGCAGAGAAACAAUUUGCUCUGUAAUGGGCUUAGCCUGAAAUCACUUGCCGAGACAGUUUUGAACUUUCCACUUGACAAGUCCCUCCUGCUUCGCUGCAGCAACUGGGAUGCCGAGAAUCUUACUGAGGACCAGGUAAUUUAUGCUGCCAGGGAUGCCCAGAUUUCAGUGGCUCUCUUUCUCCAUCUUCUUGGAUACCGUUUCUCUAGGAAUUCAACUCUAGAUGAGAACGAUGACCACAUGAGCUGGAGGGAAGUCUUGGAGAAAUGCCGGGAUGUGGUAGACAUCCCGUUCCGAAGCAAAGGAGUUAGCCGAUUGGGGGAAGAAGUUAAUGGGGAAGCAGCAGAAGCCCAGCAGAAGCCCAAAAAUAAGAAGUCUAAGAUGGAUGGAGUGAUGCCAGGCAACCACCAGGGGAGAGACCCCAGGAAGCACAAAAGAAAGCCCCUGGGGGUGGGCUACUCGGCCAGAAAAUCACCCCUCUAUGAUAACUGCUUCCUGCAUGCUCCUGAUGGACAGCCCCUCUGCACUUGUGACCGAAGGAAAGCUCAGUGGUACCUGGACAAAGGCAUUGGAGAGCUGGUGAGCGAAGAGCCUUUUGUGGUCAAGCUACAGUUUGAACCUGCGGGAAGACCCGAAUCUCCAGGAGACUAUUACUUGAUGGUUAAAGAGAACUUGUGUGUAGUAUGUGGCAAGAAGGACUCAUACAUUCGGAAGAACGUGAUUCCACACGAGUACCGGAAGCACUUCCCCAUUGAGAUGAAAGACCACAACUCCCACGAUGUGCUGCUGCUCUGUACCUCCUGCCAUGCCGUCUCUAACUACUACGACAACCACCUGAAGCAGCAGCUGGCCAGGGAGUUCCAGGCCCCCAUUGGCUCUGAGGAGGGUCUGCGGCUGCUAGAAGACCCUGAGCGCCGGCAGGUACGUUCUGGGGCCAGGGCCCUGCUCAACGCGGAGAGCCUGCCUGCUCGUCGGAAGGAGGAGCUGCUGCGAGCCCUCAGAGAGUUUUACGACACAGACACAAUCACGGAUGAGAUGCUUCAAGAGGCUGCCAGCCUGGAGACCAGGAUUUCCAAUGAAAACUACAUUCCUCACGGGCUGAAGGUGGUGCAGUGCCACAGCCAGGGCGGGCUGCGCUCCCUCAUGCAGCUGGAGAGCCGCUGGCGUCAGCAUUUCCUGGACUCCAUGCAGCCCAAGCACCUGCCCCAGCAGUGGUCAGUGGACCAUAACCAUCAGAAGCUGCUCCGGAAAUAUGGGGAAGACCUUCCCAUCAAGCUGUCGUGAUAGCCGCUUUCCUCCCAGGUUAGGACAGCUGGGAAGCUGAGCCAAGGUGGGAAAGUCACCUCUUCCCAUGUCAUUCAUUGUCAGAGCCUAGUGUCGCAAGUCAGAAUGCUAACCCAUGCUGAUCCCAGGAUGCUUCUGGUGGAGCAAGGCUGUUGCUUCCAGGGGAGCUUACGGGUUUGAAUUUUAGUCGGGCAAGGUGAGAAUUCUUUUUCCCUCCCUCUUAUUUUAUUUUUGUGGACCAAAGGACCUUGGCCUUUAUUUUACUUUCUUUCUUUUGCUUUCCUUGUACGGACAGCAAAUGAAGGAUUCUUCCCUGAAGCGACUUGUCAAGUUGCUCAGGUUUUUAAUACAUCUCUUCCCUGUGCAGUAUGUUGGUUUUUCUGAAACAGGGGCAGUCAAGGAUUUUAAUCUCAUCGGGUUAGGAGGGGAGAAAACGUUCUUCCAGAGGUUGGAGGGUCAGAUUUGUUUUUCCCAGUUCAAGCACAUCUUCGUGAUAAAUUCCUUGGCUUCAUGCUCUCCCACGACUCACCUGGUUGAGAUCCAUCCCAUCUAGGUCACUUUGGUUUAUUUCCAUACUUGAGAAUGCUCCCGUUUCCACGUCCAGGACCACAGCAGCGACUUCCUGCCAUAUGCUUCCACCCGAACACUGGAGGAAAUCCUUUUCUGGAAGUAGGCCUUGAAGCUGGCUGGGGCAGAGAGAAGCAUAAGCAACCACCUCGCAAGAGAACUUUGAUACCUGCUCAGCUUUCCCUUUCAUGCUGUUUGUUGUCUGUUUGUUGUAGUCCUCUUGUCCAGAAGUGCAAGGUUUUUAGCUUAAUCCCUUUCUAAGAGGAAGAUUAUCUUCUGUCAGAAUCAAUGUCAGGCCCCUUCCGUGUUCUGUGUUCCAUCAGAUUUGUAACACUGACCUCUUUUAAGCACUUAAUUCUCUCCUGGAGUCCUUUGGUCAGGCUGCCUUGUGAGGAUUUGUCCACCUCCCCUCAUGCCUGGGACUCAGUUAAUACGUUCAGAUGUUCAAAAUGGUGGCGUUUCAUCUUUUUAUGUGAGGCCACCACUUUGAGCAUGAAAUAAAGUUUUAGUAGUGAUUAGUAUUUUUUCUAAAGUUUUAGGAAAACUUUUUUACCUUACAAGAUCUUAGAAAUUUGAAAAAGAAUUUUAUGGCCAGAAUCCAACAGGAGCUGUUUUGAAAUCGUGCCCGAGUUGGUGAUGGUUGUUCUAACACUGAUAAAUAAAACUUCUUCUAAGCACAAAGCUCACUGAUGGUAAAUGUAAACCUUUUUUCUUCACAGCUUUAUAGAAUUGGUAACUAUUCUUGGGGGAGGGGAUAUUUGCCCUUCAGGUCCCUGCCGUGGGGGGGGCAGGGUGUGCCCAGUGUGUGCCCAGACGCACCACAUACAGUGCAGCCGCAGCCCAUCCCCGAACGGUCUGCAAACGAGUGAGCACAUCUUGCGUUUUGCUCCUCUGCCCCUGCAUUCCCCUUGUCCUCAGACAGGCAUUUCUGGGAUCUCAACUGGAAAUCCUUGAAAAUGAACAGUACCUUGGGGACGGGAUGUUCGGUGCGGUUAUGAUGGGUUAUUAUGGGGCAUGCGUGGCAGUGGCUGCACCCCAUGCUCGGGAGUCCCAGGGGGUGGAGAACCACAGAGACUGAGGGGUGGUCAGCAGAGCAGGCAGUCUUGCCACAAGGUGGCACUCAUAGAUUUUGUUUUAUAUUCAUUCUUGAGAAAUAGGGCUUUUAUACAUAGUUCCUGAACAUAACUGAUGACUUAGGUUUCCAAAUUUGUGGUAGCUGAUUUGGGGUCAUUUUGAUAAGUUUACCAGAAAAACUUCUUCUUCUGAAACAGGGAGGAGGAGGGCGCUUUCAUUCUCUUUUCCUGGGAUCCUCAUGCCAAGAGGAGAGAAACACAUACGAGGUCAUUUAGGUGCAGCGGUUGCUGUGGGAAGAAGGAAUCGAUCCUGCCAGCAGACCUUCCUGCGUGGGCAGCCAGCCUAGAGGGAGCAGCUAGCCCGGCACACAGGAUUUCUGCUCCUUCUCACAGGUUACAGUGUAGACCUGACUCUUUGUUCUCUGAGUCAGCCUUGGACUGCAGCAGACUUUGCCUAAGAUGGUUGUGAUCUCAAAUGAGAUAUCUUAUGGUAGACAUAUUAUAGAACAAAUAUUUAUUGGUUUUUGCUGAUAGAAAAGUAGUGUAUGUUCGUUAGAGCUGAGUCUAAAGAAGGAAUAAAAAUCACGCAUCUUCCCUCCGUCUAGAAUAGAGCUGACCUUUGCUGGUAUGUCCGUGACUUUCCUUUCACUAGUUAAAAAUGCAAACGAUAAAAGCAAAAUUCAGAGUUAUACGUAUAUACAGCUUGGCAUCGUGUUUUUUCCCUCUCACUUAACAUGGCAUCACAAGAAAUUAAUUUCCUGUGAAAGAUUCCUGGUGGCUCUACCUUACUUUAGUUGUCCAUUCCCUCAUUGUUGAAAAUUAUGGUUGUUUGAGAUCCUUUGUUAAUGGCAGAGAUACUGGGAUGAGCUGUCUUUUGGAUAAACCUUUGACCAUACUUUUGAUACUUUCCUUAGGAUGGAAUCCUAGAAAUUGGAUGGGGAGGCAAGGGCUCACAUGGCUGGAGUGAGGAUCAAUCGAUACCACCUUUUAGGAGUAUAUAUCAAGGGACUGCUUCUCUCUGACCCUCUAGCUCGUGUCCCAGGGCACUUGCUGUGCUUCCAUGAGAGCAGUAGUGAGAGGACAGGGUCAUGGCAGGGGCCUCUGUGAGUGUGCCGUGAUGGUUGUAUUUCUAGGCUCAGAGUCUUUUCUCUGCUUCCCCUUUGUCUCCCGUCCUUUACUGACUCAUUUCCCCUUACAGUCAAUAUUUUUUGGAAACGCUAUUUAUUUUAAAAUAAAAAAGGUAAAAUAAAAGUUACAGUUCUUUUUUUGUGUGUGUGAAACACAAGCAAUCAGAGAUUUGCUCUCCUAAAGUGAACAAGGUCCAAUACUUAGGGAUUUGUUGCUUUUUAAGCGUGCAGCCGUAAGUUACUUAUUCUAUCCACAUCACGGAUAGAGAUCCAAUGACAAAAUGUGUUCUGUUGAAAUAAAGCCGUUUUAAUCCCUCAUUUUAGACUCUUAGGAACCCGGCAGGCAGAAAGAGCUUUUGUUCAGCAUUCUUUACUACCUGUUCGUUUGGAGCCCUAACAUCUGACUGUAAUUCAAGUUCUUGGUUUACUUUACCUCUCUGAGUUUUUCAUUCAUUCAUUUAUCCUUUCCUCUUUUUUUUUCCCUUCAUUAUGUCUCAUCCUCAUGAGAGGUAUCACUCUUUACUUUUAAAGAAGAUAGUUUCUCAGUCUGCUAGUUUACUGAUUAUUACAUAUUUUAAAAGGAUCCUUCUUUCUGAUCUUUUGUCUUUUCUGUUGAGUAGUGGCCAUUUUUAGAGUACCUAAUCCUUUGGGAAUACCGUGAGAAUCAGUGUUUCUUGGAUGAAAUAAACUGAAAGAGGAUGUAAGAAUGACCUUGUUAUGAUUGAACGCUUGGUCCAAAUAACAUACACAUAAUGCAUAGUCCCCUGAAUACUUUUGCUUUGGAAUUCUGUGAUACACUGUAUGUAUUCACCAACUUGUCUCCUCGUGCUGGAGCCUCAUACCUUCUGCUUGUCCCCAGUCCUGCAGCAGUUUCACAUCAGGUGAUGGAGCAGGGCUUAUAUACAGCCGGAUAGCUUACUUGUUCAAAUUAUCUAUCCUGCCAGCCUGCUAGGAGAUGUGUUAGUCACCCCCUUUGCUUGAGGCACCAAGGCCCUUGCUUUAAUGCCAGGAUGUUAUUUGGGAGGGUGAGAAGCACAUUAGACUGUUAUUUCCAUCUAACUGGCUCUGUCUGUGGCCCACUGUUGUUGGAGGACCCUAGAUACGGUGGGUUACUGGACCAAGUGAGUAAUCAUUUGGGGGAUAGUCAAGAACUGACUUCCUUUGCAUCGGAAUAGGAAACGUCAGAGGACCUAGUUCACCUAUCCUGGGUUGUAUCCUCUUCUAAUGUAGUGCACGCUGCCUUAAAAGGUCAUUCUCUGCUCUGAAUGGAAGUAGUUAAUCUCCUACCCUCCAGACUGAACUCAGAGCAUUUGCCUUCCUUCUGACUUCCUUAUUCAUUACUCGUUCUUCCAUUUUCCUCUUGCGAAAUGGGUAGUCUGUUGCCUUUCUGCCUGCAUAAGCUCCAAAAGUUGCUGAGUUUGAAGUCAGCAUUAUUAUAAGCAUGAUGUGCGGUCCAGAAUAUUCCUGAGUUAGAGAGGCUAGUUAUAUUCUAUUCUAGCUUCCCAAAGAUCUUCCUUUUCAGGCUUCAACAUGCUGGGGCAGAGUUGUGAUUCUGACUAUUCAGGCCACCAGAGUAUCCAUUAAGUCCUGGAUAAGAACCAGACAUUUGAGCUUAGUAAGCUAUCAGCUGAAAAGAAAUGGGAAAUUAAGACAUGGCCAGAUUUAAAAGAAGUAUGUUUAUUUGCUUAGUGGGUUGAUGGGGGUGUAUCCCAUGGACUUAACUUUCUCUUUUUCUUUUCCCUGUACUCAGUUCUGUCGUGCAUUGGCAGGAUCAGAAGAGUGGGCUGGUGACCUGGGGUUGGGUUCUGGCCAUUAGCCAUGUAUCUUUGGACUAAUCGCUGAACUUUUCUGGACUCCUUUCUUUGCCAAUAAAGUUAGAAAUUGAAAUUACAUGUGCUGUAAGGGCCCUGCUCACUGUAGCAUCCUGUAACACAUCCCCCGUUUCUUAUGUGGUACUUUCCCUUGGGAGCUGUGUACCUUCUCCUUCGUUGCACACCCUCAUCUUGCCCCUAGCUCUGGAAAUGGAGACUGUGCAUGGAAGGGGGGUGGGUGGGAUGAGGAAAGCAGGAUGCUACGCCGUGUCCUCCUGGCCUCACUGACUAGAGAGAAGCCCGCUUCCUCCAUCUGGUGCUCCCCCCUGGAGCUGAAAUACGUUUCUCACCAGAGAUGUGCUGUGUGCAGCCUUAGGGAACUCACAUUUCUACUUAGUUCACUAUUUAACAAUAAAGAAAGAAGAGAAACUUUAUCUUUAGUCGCAUUGCUAGUGCUGUAAAGUUUAAUAAGAGAUAAGCACAGAAUGGAAACGAGGCAACUUCAUCAGGUAUCGUAGAUGGAAAGAUAGUGAGAAAAAAGGAGUGAGUGCUUCUCAUUUUAAGGAUAGAAGAAAUUAAGGCUAUACUGUAGAGGAUUGAAUAGAAUUAAGUACUUUAAAAGGCAAACAUUAAACCAAUAAGUUAAAAAUAUUCUCUCUUUUUUUAUGUUGUCAUGACUGC